GUUCUACAGAAGCCUUUUGACGGUGUAUGAGCCGUUCUGUUCUGUCUUUAUUUUGUUGGCCACGCCCUGCCUCUCUCUUUUUGGAAACACUAAACCGACUGAACCUGCCCCACGCCCGCCUUGCUUCCUCCUCUCAUCGCAUGACUUGACAUGGAUAGAAAAGAGCACAAGCUCUGAACUAUUACCAACAGACUCCAGUCCUACCGAACCGAGACAAGUGGAUAACCCAGUCAGACGGGAUAGCUGACUAGACCACACACAGACAGACAGAUCACAGCCUUGAAUUUACAUCGCUACAGUCUGUUCUCUCAUGCACCGUCCCGUUUCAUCUGUCGCCUCUGCCGUUAUUGUUAUAUGAUUAUUAUUGCGGCCGUUUGCACCUUGUUAUUCUGGUGUGGGAGGGGGAGUAAAUGUAUAUGGCCGCGACGCUGAUCCCGAUGAGCGCUGGGACCGGGACCGGGUCCGGGACCGGGCAGGACGAGAUGUUCUACACCCUGCAGAAGCCCAUGCUUUCGGAAGGCUUCCCGGCCGAGGAGUCGGCUCUGUUCGGUUUCGAUCCCAAGAACGUAGUGACGGAAAGGAGUGGACAGAGUGAAUACACGCAGCAGACAGGGAAGAGUGAGCUGGAUAAGUACCUCUCCCCCCAGACGCACCUCCUGACGCCCCAUCUUGACCCUCCAGAGCAGAACAAGUCUCGGCGGGACAGUGCCUCUGUGAUGGAUAAUUUCUUUGGGGACGACCAGGGUGGAUCUCCUUACAGCAUCAACAUGAACGUCUUCCUACCCGACCUGGCCUACCUGAGGAUGGGCUUGUGUCGGCCGGCACGCUCGGGGCCUGGGGGUAACGGUGGAGGCAUGGGCCAGCAGGUCAAAACAGAACCACCUUCUUCCUCCUCUCCCUUCGCCCAUCCUCAUCCUCACUGCCCCAGCAGCAGCGUCCACGGUAACAGCAUCAGCCUUUCCAUGGUAACGUCGGUGUCUUCUUCUUCUUCGUUACCAGAGUUCACUAGCGUGUUCAGCCCGUCGGGUGACGGUGACCCGACCUCUGACGCCGUGGCAACGGGCGGUUCUGUUUACGUGAAGGAGGAGCUGGGGUCGUUCGAUCUGCCACACGACGACUCUCUGUUCCAGCUGCUCUCUGCAGAGCUGGACUCCGCCCCUCUCGCGCCCAUGCAUCACCACGGCAACAAUGCUCAUCACCGGGCGGUGCAGCAUCACGGGGUUUCCGGUCACUCGCCCGUCAUGCACACCUUCCACGACCUACACUUAGCCGCCCAGGCCCAGCAGCAGCAACACCAACAACUACAGACUGCCAAGUCAAGCUACUGUGGUGGGCUGCACAGCGUGGGGGGGGCCUACCCUCACCCUCACUUCCUCCAGCAGCCCCAGCAUCAUCAGGCCAAGGCCUCCUACCUGCCCCCAUCUCCUCCCAGCUCAGAGCCCAGCUCCCCAGAUCGUCAGAAGGACCUCCUUCAGAACCUCUCCCCUCCCCCUUCCUAUGCCGCCACUAUCGCCUCCAAGCUGGGAGUCAGCGUCUCCCCCUGUCUUUCCCCCACCGGUGUGGCUCGGCCCCCAGCCUCGAGUCUAACUCAAGCCCCAGGCUCCGGCCCAGCUCCAAGCCUGAACCAGUCCGUCCAAGUCCGUUACAAUCGCAGGACCAACCCAGACCUAGAGAAGAGAAGGAUACAUCACUGUGACUUCCCAGGAUGUAAGAAAGUGUACACCAAGUCUUCCCAUCUGAAAGCCCACCUGAGGACCCACACUGGUGAGAAGCCGUACAGGUGUUCGUGGGAGGGGUGUGACUGGCGUUUCGCCCGUUCUGAUGAGUUGACUCGUCACUUCAGGAAACACACAGGGGCCAAACCCUUCCAAUGCUCUGUCUGCUCUCGCUCCUUCUCCCGAUCGGAUCACCUGGCCCUGCAUAUGAAGAGGCACCAGAACUAACUCACACACACACUAGCUUGAAUCACAAAGACAUGCACUCAAAUCAGGAAACGUUCAACCUCAACUGUACAGUGGUACAAAACCACUUUUCUAGAGUAGAUCUUGUAGUCUUUAUCUUGACCUGGUCGUAGUUGGAAAUGACAACUUGUUCUCAACUGGCCUACCUGGUUAAAUAAUGGUCAAAUUAAAAUAAGUCUCUCCAGUGGCUCCCAAACUAUGGGCAGGGACCCACUUUUGGACAGAACCCACCCCACCCACCCACCUAAGCCCCUUUUUCAUCCAGGAAAAACCAUGCAUUGUCACAAAUAAUUUCAGAAUUCUACAGUACAUUUCUUGACAUUGAGUCACAAGUACAUUCAGUUAAAUGCUUUGUCUCUGCUUUGAAGAAGAGGGUGUUAUUCAUCUCUAUUUUUAUAUUUAGUCUCAUUUUUUAUUUGUUUUAUUUGUUCACCGCUCAACCCUUAUGGUGGGUCGCGACUCAAAAGACUCCUCAAUUGGUGGAUCACUUUAACCCCCUAAAAAAGUUUUUGGAGGUGGUGGGGGGGGAAACCCUGGUUUAGACUACAGUAUAACUUAUUAUCUGGGGCUCCUCUAACUGUUAUUGAUCUGAUGAUGUCCUUUUUAUGUUCUGUGUUAUUAUGGCAGUCAUCUCUCAUGUUCCCUCUCAAAAUGGGGGGGGGUCUCUUUAUGUUCUGUGAUAUUAUGGCAGUCAUCUCUCAUGUUCCCUCUCAAAAGGGGGAGGGGAAGCGGUUCUGCUUGUUCUCUUUGUGUUCUGCGCGUCACUGCAGUAACAGAACCCUUUCUCCAUCCCCUUUUCAUUUAAAGGGUUUGAAUUUGGAUGAUGACAUCUGUUACUUUCCUGAAACAAAUCACUGGAACAGAUGGUGUCUCUAUACUAUAUGGGGAAUAGUAAUACUCCUCGUCGUGUUCAUCCCAGAUGGUCUCUCUAUACUAUAUGGAGAACAGUAAUACUGACAAGGGUUAUUAGCUUCUGUCUAGAUGGAGAGAGGGGGAGAGAGGGAGAGGGGGAGAGGGAGAGAGAGAGAAUCAAAAAUGUGAUUCCUUAUUUAAAUCUAAGUAGAUGAGGUGAAGACUGGGAGAUGAGCGACAGCCGUAUAAUUUAAUAUAGGGUGUCCAAUCAAAAACACAUCUUUUGACCAAAUGUGUAAAAUGUUAAUUGUGUAGAUAAUCCUCUAAGAAAACACGAUGGUCCAAAUUAGGAUGGCCAAAAUGUGUGCGAUUAAAUCAAUGCAGGACAGAGGAACAAAAGUGGUUAAAAAUCUAGAGAAUAGCAUUGUGUCUCUGAGGCUGUAUGAUAAUUAUCUACCUGACCCUGGUUUUUACCAUUUAUUUUGUAUUUGUCAUCUUGUCUAAUCCGGAGAACAUAAAACAAUAUCAAGUUAAAAGAUGGGUAUCGAUGUUUGAGAUUAUUACAUGUAUUAUUUGUUUUAUAUUUUAGUUUUAACACUUUUCAUAUUAAUGACAAGUUAUUGUUAUUUUUCUAAGACUUCUCUCACAACAACAAAAAACACAACAAGUUUUAACUUCUCUAACUUGUCAACAUAGCAACUGAGCAAACACCAAACUUUUAUUUUUAUUUUCAAAGCCUUUUUACAUUUUAAAAUUAUCGUUUUGCGACCCGUGGAAACUACUUUGGAGACGACAACGACAACAAAAAAAUUGUAAAAUCCUCAAAAGGUUUUUUGGCGGGAAAAGCCUCUCGGUCGACGGAGUUCAGUGCUUUAUUAUCGAAUGUAUCAGGUUUCAAAAUCAGACUCUUUCUUUUUUGUUUGUUUUGUAUAUAAAGUUAAUGAUACGUUAGACAGAGAGACCCCCUUACUGAAUGAUUCACAACGUGAAGAAUCAUACGUGUGUCUCGGUAAAAAUGUAUUUUCUAACAUAAGGAAGAGCAAUGUUUUCUCCUACUCUGGGCAGAGUGUUUGGGACACCCUACUUAGUAUUGAAUGUAAUACAGAAAACCACAUUGACUAAUGUAUUCAUGUCAACUAACAUCCUGUACGUUCAGACACGUUGGGUUCAUCCUAAGUGUCUCUGUGGUCUUCUGAGCUCCACCUAAAAAAGCUACUUUGAUCAAUUUGUAUGUGUCCCAAAUGCCACCCUAUUCCCUAUAUAGUGCACUACUUUAGACCAGGGCCCUAUAGAACCCUAUUCCCUAUAUAGUGCACUACUUUAGACCAGGGCCCUAUAAAACCCUAUUCUCUAUAUAGUGCACUACUUUAGACCAGGGCCCU